CUUUUCUCUUUACUCAUGUUAAAGUAUUACUACUAUUAUAAGAAGAAUGGAUUAAUAACUAACAAAUCUGAUUAGUAAAAUAAUACUACUAGAGUUUAAUACUAUAAAUGAAAUCUUCAGAACGUCAAACAGACAACAAUGGGUCAAUCUUGUUUCUUCAAUGUUCUUAUUGUUUCCUCUCUUUUACUACUAGUCUUCUUCUCCACUGCCAUGGGGAGAAACUUGCAUACUGCGAGUUUACAAGGAGUUUACAGUGCUGCUGAGCUAUCUCCCUCCAAGGAUGAGAGUGUGCGGAAGAUGAUGGAGCUGAUGGAUUAUCAACCGGUGGAGUCUAAUACCAACUGGAAUGGUUUCGUCGCCACUCCUCCUCCCCAAUCUCCUCCACUUUCAUAAUUUCCAAAAAAAAAAACUAUUUUCGGGAUUCUUAUUUGGAAAACAAAGUUUGAUAUCUGAUAUUUUUGCAAUAAGUUACAAAAUGUAAUUUUGGUAACUUAAGUUUUACUGUCUCAAUUGUUGAAAAUAUGAGUUCAAACUGUAACAUAUUUGUUUGGUAUGGUUGGUGGGCGCAUGUAAAACGCCACUUUGACUGAAAAAAGUUAAAUUCCGACACAUCAAUGUUGUUUUUUUAAUUUUUGCACUUAGAAAAUAUUUUGUCUUUUUUUCAAAAUUACUAUCAAUCAGAUACUUUCUCCGUUUCACUU